CCGUGCCGCGCCAUCACUGAAGUGGGCAUCUUUGUGUUUCCCUCCGUUUCGAGCAAACAGACACGAAGCUCAUCCGGCGACAUGGCAGGAGGAAAAGCUGGAAAGGACAGUGGCAAAGCCAAGGCAAAAGCAAUCUCCAGAUCUCAAAGAGCUGGUCUACAGUUCCCUGUAGGCCGUAUCCACAGGCACCUGAAGACUCGAACCACUAGCCAUGGGCGUGUUGGUGCUACAGCAGCGGUGUACAGCGCGGCUAUCUUGGAGUAUUUGACUGCUGAGGUGUUGGAGUUGGCUGGUAAUGCCUCUAAGGACUUGAAGGUGAAACGUAUCACUCCAAGACAUUUACAGUUGGCCAUCCGUGGGGAUGAGGAGUUGGACUCGCUCAUCAAAGCCACCAUUGCUGGCGGAGGUGUGAUUCCACACAUCCACAAAUCUCUGAUCGGAAAGAAGGGCCAGCAGAAAACCGUAUAAGAUGCGUCUGGACUGUUGUCUUUAUUGUAAAAUCAAUCAUCAUGGGGAAAGCAUUUGUUUUGUUACAUUCCAUUAUUGUUUGGUUAUGUUUUUAAGUGUAGUUUGACUUAACAAGGGUUAGAGUUUAACAUACUGUUUUCAUGGUGGGAGGGCAAUAAGUGGUCUGGGGUAAGAAAACAAAUCGUGUCUUUUUUUUUGUGAUGGUUUACGAAAUAGGUUUGGCUUUUGAAAAUCUGUUUUGUACAUUAAAAGACCAUUUUUCUACAUUUUAUACCUUUCCUGUGAUUUUAUUUUAUUUGAUGAGCACUUUUUUUCCAUAGACUAUAAAAGAUUAAUAAAAUAAAAAAUGAUCUCAUCAUUUAAUCAUCUUAUUAAUGGUCAGAACUUUGAAGCUCCAAAAAGCACAAAGGCAGCAUAAAAACAGCCCAUAUGCCAGUGAUUAAAAUCCAUAUCUUGUGAUAUUAUAGGUGCGGGGUGAGAAACAGAUAAAUAUUUACGCCCCCUGUAAAUUCUUCUCCCUGCCCAGCAGAUGGCAGUAUGUAUGAAGAAUGUGAAAUUGCCAAAAACAAAAAAAGAAAGUGAAAGUGGAGAUUUAUAGUAAAAAAAAGAUUUAAAUAUUGAUCUGUUUCUCACCCACACCUAUCAUAUAGCAUCUGAAGACAUGGAUUAAGCCACUGGAGUCUUAUGAAUAACUUUAAUGCUGCCUUUAUAUGCUUUUUGGACCUUCAAAGAUCUGGCCACCAUUCACUUGCAUUGUAUUGAUCUACAGAGCUUGAAUAUUCUUCUAAAAUCUAUGUGUUCUGUAGAAGAAAGUCAUUCACAUCUUGGAUGUCAUGAGGCUGAGUAAAUAAUGAGAGAAUAAAAGGUAAAGUAAUUAGAGAGGUUUUAUUUUAUUUGUGGGUGAACUGUCCCU